GACGGAUGAUCCGCUGUGGCGACCCCUAAUGGGAGCAGCCGAGAGAAGUUGUUCACAAAAGAAGUUUGAAAGCCUCCUUUCUAGAUCUGUGUGCUGAAUAAAAACAUUGACUGUAGCUUUAAGACCGUGAAUGAGAAUAGUGAAAUGAGGUGGAGCACUAAACCGGAAACUUGCCCUACAGUUUCAUUUUCAAAUCCUGGAAGAUCUCCAGGCCAGUCUACGACUUUUGGAUAUACCAAGCAAGACAAACCAACAACGACCUCCUUUGGGGGGUUAACAUAAAAAAGUUUGCUGUUCCAGCUAGUUUGGACAUUAAGUUCACCGGCGCUAAAAACGAAAGCGGAACUGUCCGCUGUGUGUGUGUAAGCAAGUAAAGUUGUAAGAUAAGUUGCUUUACCAUUUUAACUUUAGACACACAAAAAACAUGGAUCAAUUCAAAGUAAUGCUGUUGGAAAUAUCCGAAAAACUUUCCCAGGACAACUUAGCGAAGCUGAAAUUUCUGUGUGGAGACACGAUUGGGAAGAAGAAAAGCGAGCAGAUCACCAGUGGCAUUCAGCUGUUUGAGUGUCUGAUAGAGAAAGUAAAGAUCGGGCCUAAUGACACUGAAUUUGUAAGGAAGCUUCUCUCUGACAUUGGACAAGAAGUUUUACUGGAAAUUAUUGACCGCUACGAAGGACAAGUCAUCCCCACUAAUUUACCGGAUAGAGCGGAACUAGAAAAAAUUCACUGUGCAAUAGAAGUGAUCGUUGAGCAUCUGGGAAGGAAAUGGCUUCAGUAUGGACGGAAACUGGGUAUCACCGAGACCAAGCUUGAAGGCAUCCAAGAGAAACACCCUCGCAACCUGGAGGAACAAGUGAGGGAAAUGUUUAAAGAGUGGAUGAAGAUGCGUAAAGCGGAAGCCAAAGUGGACGAGCUGAUCAAGGCACUCCGUGCCUGCAACCUAAACUACACUGCUGAUGUUGUGCAGGAAAAACUCCGAAAUAAUAAUAAGCCUUAAAAGUCCUUUCUCUUAUUUUUGGCCCUUCAUCCUCAUUCCUGGCUGCUGAACAUGCAUGUGUGGUUGGUUUUUUGUGCCAAAUAUUAUGCUAAACGCACUUGACCUCAAAUUUACAUUUGAGGCGCUUUAUAAAUUUCUUAGGGAUUCAAGAAAAAACCUCUAUCUUGAAGCUGAAUGUUCUGUUGUUCUGUGCUAUGCUGAAAUGUGAAUCCAUGCUGUUUACAAUGGUACUUUUGAUUUAUUUUUCAACAGAAUAAUAUAAAUUAGACAGAGAUUAAAAUGUACUAUAGAAUUAUAAUUCCAUCUAAUAUCUAUCUCUAAAUAUUAGUCUCCCUCAGUUAGAUGAACUUGAUUGGAAAUUGAAUAGAACAUGACCACAUUGUUCCAAAAGAACUUCAUUUGUCUUUAAUGAAUGUGGAUGUAAAUAAAGGGAAUAAUUAUAUUAA